AUAAAAUCAAAAUGCAUUUAUUUGAAAGCUUUAAUGAGAAAAUUAUCAACUGCCUUCAACUUUUCUCCAAUGCAGUUAAAGUGAAAGGGAGUUGAAGAACCGAGUGACUGAAGGAUGAGGCUAAACAGAUAAUUAAUAUUAAUGAUAAACGAGUGAUUCGUCACAAACUCCGCCCACACAGGUUUCUUCCUGCUUCCAUGAAGGGAAUGACAAACUUCGACAUGCUGGAUGAUGAAGAGACAGACGUCAGGACUCAGAGAAGAUGAUGAUCAGCUGAUGAGUAAAGAAAGAACAGAACCUAAACAUGUCCAGCAGAGAAAGACAAGCUCUUGUUCGCGGUACUGCUCAGAGGAGACGACGGAGCAAAGAAAGACCACCCAACCUGAGUGAUCUGAGGAUUGUUCUUCUGGGGAAGAGCGUGUCAGAAAACAGUCUCGUAGGAAACUUCAUCUUAGGACGAGCAGCGUUUGACAGUGAAGCUGCUCCAGAUGUUGUAGAGAGAGUCGGAGGAAGACUGAAGGACAGACACCUGAUGAUCAUCAACAGUCCUCAGCUGCUCCAGACGAACAUCUCAGAUCAUCAGAUCACACAGACAGUGAGAGAGUGUGUGUUUCUGUCUGAUCCAGGACCUCAUGUGAUCCUUCUGCUCCUCAAACAUGAGCAGUGUUCAACAGAAGAUCAGGAGCGUGUGGAGAAGGUGCUGCUCUCUUUCUCUGAGCAGGUUUAUCAACACACCAUGGUGCUCAGCACACAAGAGACCACAGAAACCAAUGACAUCCUACAGAAAAUCAUUCAGAAAUGUGCAAACGGACACUUCAGUCUUCAGAGAAGCAGCUCUCCUGAGGAUCUUCUGCAGAUGUUUGAGGAGAUUGUGAAGAUGAAUGAUGGACGACACCUGGAGUGUGCUGAAGCUGCACAGUGUUUCAUAGUGGAGCAACAGACCACAGAUAAACUUUCAGAGGAUGUGAAGCUGAAUCUGGUCAUGUGUGGGAGCGACGGGAUGUUAAAAUCCUCCGUAUCAGAGCAGAUCCUGCAGCAGACAGACGGGGAGCUUCAUGGUCGUCAGAUCAGAGUGAUAGAGCUUCCAGCUCUGACUCGUCUCUCAGAAGAGGAAGUGAUGCGUCAGACUCUCAACUGUGUGUCUCUCUGUGAUCCUGGAGUUCAUGUUUUUAUCGUUAUUGUUCCUGGUGCUCCACUCAAUAAUGAAGACAAAGCAGAAAUAGAGGAGAUCCAGAGGAUAUUCAGCUCGAGGAUCAAAAAACACCUCAUGAUCCUCAUAAUGCAGGACUCAGAGCAUCAGACAGAACUCAAUGAAGAAACACAGUCUGUCAUCGAGAGAUUCGGAGGAAGACAUCAGUUCUUUGAUUCAAAAACACAAGUGUCCACAUUGAUGGAGAAGAUCGAGCAGAUGCUGGAAGAAAACAGAGGAGAGUUUUACUCCACAGAGACAUUUCUGGAGACUCAGAUGAAUAAACUGAUGGAAUAUGAAGAGAUGAAGAAGAAAAUUAAUUCAUUAGAGACACAUUUACUGUCACAAGUUUCAAGAGAAAACACAGACGAUGAAGUGAGGAUUGUACUUCUGGGAAAAACUGGAGUUGGCAAAAGUGCAACUGGAAACACAAUCUUAGGAAGAAAUGCUUUUAAGGCAGAAACAUCAUUUGAGUCAGUGACUAAAGAGAGUCGUAGAGAAUCAUCUGAAAUCAACGGUCGACGUGUUACUGUGAUCGACACUCCAGGACUGUUUGAUACUGAACUCAGUAAUGAAGAGAUCCAGAGAGAAAUCAGCAGCUGCAUCUCCAUGAUCCUGCCUGGACCACAUGUGUUUCUCUUACUGAUACCACUGGGACGAUUCACUCCAGAAGAAGCUAAAUCAGUGAAGAUCAUCCAAGAGACGUUUGGGGAGAUAUCUUUAAUGUACACCAUGGUGCUCUUCACCAGAGGAGAUUUCCUGAAGAACAAGACCAUUGAACAGUGUUUGGGGAAAUCUGGACCUCCUCUGAUGAAGCUGAUCGAAGCGUGUGGAAACAGAUAUCAUGUGUUCAGUAAUAAUCAGACUGAAGACCGAACACAGGUGACUGAUCUACUGCAGAAGAUAGACGACAUGCUGAGAGAGAACGGAGGGAGUUUCUACUCAUGUAAGAUGUUCAGAGAGAUGGAGAGAGAGAAACAAGAACAACAGAUGAAGAUCCUGAUGGACAGAGUCCGAGAAAGAGAAGAAGAGAUGAAGAAACUGGAAGAAGAGAAAGAGAGAAUGAAGAUGAUGAUGGAGGAAGAAAGACAGAAUCAGGACAAAGAGAGAAAGAGAAGAGAAGAGGAGCUCAAAAGAGAAAUAAGAGAACAAGAAAAAUAUCAGAGAGAGAUACGAGAUGAGAUGAGACUAGAACGAGAAACACUUAGACGUGAAAUAGAGGAGAUGAAGAAAGAAAAAGAGAAAAGAAAAAGAGAAAAAGAAACACUUCAGAUCAAACACAACACAGAAACAGAGCGACUGAUGAGCAUAAUAGAAAAUGAGAGGAAAAAAAGAGAAGAAGAGUUUAAUGAGAGAGAAGAACGAUAUAAAAGACUAGUGAAAGAGAAAGAAGAGAGUGAGGAAAAGAUGAAGAGAGAACGAGAGGAAUGGGAGAAACAGAAACUAGAGGAAAAGAUGAGAAGAGAAGAGGAGGAUGAGAAAAGAAGACAGGAAGAACAGAGAGUUUAUGAUGAAUUUAAUCUGAGACUGAAACAAGAGAGAGAAAUAAUGGAAAGAGAGAAAGAAGACCUUCAAUCUAAACAUGAAGCAGAAGAAAAAGAGAUGAAGAUGAUGAUGGAGAAAAUAAAUAAAGAACAAGAAGAACAGAUGAAGAAACAUGAAGAAGAGAAAGAGAGAAUGAAGAUGAUGAUGAAGGAAGAACAACAGAAUCAUGAAAAAGAGAGAAAGAGAAGAGAAGAGGAGCUCAAAAGAGAGAUAACAGAACAAGAGAAACAUCUGAGAGAGAUACGAGACGAGAUGAGACAAGAACGAGAAACACUUAGACGUGAAAUGGAGGAGAUGAAGAAAGAAAAAGAGAAAUUGGAGAAACAUCAACGAGAGGAAAACAUAAGAAGAGGAGAAGAAAGACACAACCGUGCUGAAUGUGAAGAUGAUCUGAAGCGUCUGAGGAUUGUGCUGAUUGGGAGAACAGGAAAUGGAAAGAGUGCAACAGGAAACACUAUUCUGGAAGAAAUGAGUUUGAGAGUAAAGCAAGAAGAUAUUCAGUGAUGACUGACUGUAAGAAGGGAGUUGGUGAAGUUGACGGUCGAUCAGUAGCUGUGGUUGAUACUCCAGGACUCUUUGACACAUCACUGCCAAAUAAACAAGUGGUGGAUGAAAUAGUGAAAUGUGUUUCACUCUCAUCUCCUGGACCUCAUGUGUUUGUCAUUGUGUUGAGUUUGGGAAGAUUCACCAAGGAAGAAACAGACACUGUGGAUCUGAUAAAGAAGAUCUUCGG